UCUUCCUGCCUGUCAUUUCCUUUCUCGGUUGAGCAAACCGUGCGCUGUCAUCGGCUCCAUCCGCCUCGCGCGCUUGCGUUCUUUGAGAAGUUUGCGACACUCGUGCUUCGCUUGUCCAAGGGUGCUCAGCUUACGCGUAACGCGCCAGUCCCACUGACUGGUCGGCUUGGGUUGAGCAAGAAUCACGCUUGCUUUAUGGUCGAAUAGCGGCAAGCACCAAUUCCACGCCAUGUCGUUCUCAAUCUCGUCGCCUGCAUUCAUGCCCUUGGGUUCGAACGCGCUCGUAUCGUCUGGAUCGGCAGGAUCGGAUGGCCAGACUUCCGCGCUGCACAGCAAUCACACCAACCCGACGAGCCUGUUUGCCAUGUCUGUGCUGGAGGAAAACGAGGACGCCUUGGUCAACACGACGCUGGCAAACCAGAGCAGUGCAGAUUGGUUCUUGAGUGACCCAAUUGAUUCCUUGAUUGCCUCCGACCGUCCGCCGCUUGCUACAACGCGGCAACACGAUGCUUCGUCUCGUUUGGCUGCAGCCGAGAACCUACUGCAGCAGCAGCAGCAGCAGCAACAUCAGCAACAUUUGCUGUAUCAGAUGCAAAUGUAUCAACAGCAACAGCAACAGCAACAGCAACAGCAACAACAACAGCAGCAGCAGCAGCAGCACCAUCACGUUCGGCAGACGUCGGACGAUUCAUCGUGGGUCUCUGCCUCAUCGUCUGCCUCCCCGUUGCAGUUGAACUCUUCUUCGCGCGGAAACCCCAUGCGUCGAGCCUUCACCCUCGAUUCCAGCGAUCUGUCACAGGGAAUGGGCUACAACGUGCUGCCUGGCCAGAUGCCGCAGCAGGAAACCGCCGCUCAACCCCAACAGCAUUUGCGGCAUGUGCAUGACCACGCCACCGAUGGCCCACUCAGCUCGCAGCGUCUUCUCGACGACGUGCAGCGCCAAAUGGCCUUGAUUGAGCUCAGUCGGCAGGCAAUGAUUGAAACGCAGCGCCAUCGGCUCCGCCCGCACGUUGCUUCCAAAGUCUCCGCAUUGGUUGGUACCAGCCAUCGCAAACGCUCUCACGCUCCGUAUGACCGUCCAGUUAACGACCACAGUGCCCUGCAUAUCGCCUCUCCGCCUUCUGCCGAUGCCACCCCAAUGGGUGUCGGUAGCACCGUCCCUGCCAGCCCCAGCGCCAUGCGCUCGCAAAGCGCAUCCAGUAUUCACUAUUACUAUCAGCAGCAUCAACAACAGCAACAGCAGCAGCAGCAGCAGCAGCAACCACAACAACAACAACAACAACCAGACCAGCCUCGAACCCUCUCUGAAGCGUCCCAAGCGUUGUCGGCUUCGGCUCCGUUCGGUCGAACUGCGGGGCUGAUACGGUCUCCUUCGGUGAAUGAGGACGAUCGCUCCAAUGGUGCAUACCACAACCUGCGCAUUAGCCUGGACAAGCUCAACCAGAUGACCUCUGCCGCGCCGCCGUCUCGUUCCCAGUUUCGCUCGCUUGCAUCCUCUCGCUCACAAACCGACGAUAGCAUGCGGUUGAUGCAUUUGCAAACCCAGCAACACCAGGAACGGAACUUGUCCUUCUCGCGAGACUUUCACUCGCAGAGUGCUGCCGAUUCUGGCUCAAUGUUUGGCAUGCCGCUUUCUCUGCAUGGCCCAGUGCUGCACGACUUUCUGGACGACACUGGCUACACGUAUCUCGGCGACCAACCUGCGACUGGUGGUUUUGGCUACGAGUUUGGUCACCACGCCACCUCGCCCUCCCAGCAAGCCAACGGUGCGCUUGCUGGUGCAGGUGGAUCUGCCACCUCCAUGAGCGAAGCGUCUAUGAGUGUCCUGGGAGCCUCCGACCCCAACCUGUCCGGCGGGAGCUCGAGCGGGCUGUUUCCUUCUUCUUUUGCUACGCCUUUGACUUCCAGUCAUUCGGCGUCCGCUAUGCCGGGAUUGCGCUCGGAUUCGUCGAGCAUGGAGUUCCGACGGACCAAACCUCUGCACUCGCUGUCCCAUGAAGCCGUCGGUGCUGCUCUUCCCGCCCAGUCGCAACUACUCGUGUCAGGCUCGGUUGCCGGCGGUGCUUCGUCUACUUUCAGCCCCACCGGCUCGUUGAUGGCCAGCGAAAACAACAGCACUGUGACUGAAACAACGGAGGGGCUUGGUGAGCAGACCACCUCCAGCUCGACGAAUUCCAAUCAGGUUGUCCCCUACUUUCGCUCAAAGUUCAGCUUGGAGGGCUUCUGCAUUUUUGUUGACCCCCACUGCCAGGGGCUCAUCGGACAAGAACCCUCUGCACUCGUUGGUCGCUCGAUUUUCGAGUGCAUCGAUCCCGAGGACAUUCUGACAAUGACUCAAGCCUUCGAGUCGUUGAUUUCCACUCCAACUUUGCGAUCGGUUCGAAUUGCAUAUCGGUUUCUCAACGCCAAUCACGAAAGCGGUGUCUGGCUAAACACCACCAUGGGUAUUGUGCGUGCUUCGCCCGAUUCGCCUCCGCUCUUCAUCAACUGUGUUUCGAGCGUGCGUGCUCCCAACACCACCUACCGCGAAUUUGAUGGCAACGAAGAAGUUUCUGAGAUUGUUCGGCUCAAGCAAGAAAACCAGUACCUCCGGGAGUUGUGGCUUUCCACGCACGGUUCUCAAGCACCUCGCAAGCCGUCUGUUGGCAAAACAGUCAAGUCAAACCUGCCGACCUGCACAGAGUGUGGCACUACCAAUUCACCCGAAUGGCGAAAGGGUCCAAGCGGUCCGAAAUCGUUGUGUAAUGCGUGUGGUUUACGCUUCGCCAAAAAGGCAAAAGCCGGCAUCUGAGUGCUUGUCACAGCUGAUUUCGUUAUUGUGGACAUAAUAGAAUCACAGUGGAAAAUUUUUGUCUGACCGAAUUUUUUCAAUAAUUCGGUGUUCUGUCAACUUGCGAAUUCUUGAGUUUGGCUUGUUUCUUUCAAUCGUAG